UUACUAGACCAAAAGACAUUUGGGAUCAUAACCACAUCUCAUCAUCACUACCAAAAACAUAGAACCUACUUACAACAUGUCCGACUCGCACAUGUUCACAUGCAUCUCAUGCGCCGUCGCCUUUAAUGACCCGGCCAUGCAGAGGUCUCAUUUCGCCAGCGAUUGGCACCGAUACAACAUGAAGAGGCGAGUCGCCUCGUUGCCUCCAGUCUCGGCCAACAUGUUCAACGAAAAGGUGCUCGAAAAGAGGGAACAGAACGCUAUCAGGUUGGAUCCCCGUGGGAUGCACUGUGAUUGUUGCCGCAAACAAUUCUCGACGGAGAACGCUUUCCGAACCCACGUAGCGAGCAAGAAACACCGUCUGGUGGAAGCCAAGUGGAGAGCAGACCAGGCUCGCAACCCCGGUCAAGUCCCCUCUGCGCCCGUUGGUGACGAGGAUGAGGACUCGGAGGAAGAGAGUGAGAGUGACGAACAGGUCGAGAGGGUCAUCUUGGAGACGACGAGAAAGCCUGAAGAGGAAGAAGAGGUCAAGAUGCCCGAGACUGUCGCUCCCGCUCAACCCGCGUCGUCCUCGACUUCCACUGCGGGCCAACAACAGCCCGUAGCGAACAAGAAGCUGUCCCACUUGAUCGCCGAGCACGACGAGGGCAAGGCCGAUGAGGCCAUGGAUGAAGACAACGACGACGAACUCGCCUUGACGCUCGAACAAAAGCUCCUCGCCUCCCGUUCGCUCCACCCUACCCACUGUCUCUUCUGUUCAGCCAAAUCCACCUCGAUCGACAAGAACCUCGACCACAUGUUUUCCAAACACAGCUUUUACGUCCCCGAACGACAGUUCCUGGCAGACCCAGCCGGGUUCAUGCUCUACCUAGCUGAAAAAUUGGCCAUCGGCAACGUCUGCUUGUUCUGUGAAGCCGAGUUUGGGACCCUCGAAGCUGUGCGGGGCCACAUGAAGGACAAGAGACACCAGAAGAUUCGGUACGAGGAUGACAACUCCCGGGCAGAAUAUGCCGAGUGGUAUGACUUCUCGAGCUCGUACCCGGAUGCCGAGGAGAGGCGAUUGAAGGAUGUCGCUAGGACCGAGAGGAGAGAGGAGAGGAGGCUGAGACGGGAGGCCAAGGAGGAGAAGAGGAGGAAGCGGGAGGAAGAGUUGGAGGGUGAUGGUGGGUGGGAAGAGGACGAGGGUGAAGGCGAUGAAGACGGGGAGAUGGAGGUGGACGAGGUUGUCGUCGUUGACGAAGCCGCGGACGAUUCGAGCGAGGUGUCGGACGAUACCGACGAGUCCGAUUUCGAGGAAGACGACCACGGCAUCUCCCUCGCCCCCGACGGUCUUUCCCUCCGACUCCCCUCGGGUCGAACGCUCGGUCACCGAUCCCUCAAGGUCUACUACCAACAGAACCUCCGACCCGAAUCCGAGGAAGCGCGGGAUUCGACCUCGACGGCAUUGACGACCAAGCUCCGUUCGGUCCGUGCAAAGUUGGCGGACCCUUCGUUGAGCUUGGUACCCGUCGGCGGAGGAUCCGGAGCGUUCGGAAAGGGUCAGAUGGUCAUGAAGGCGAGGAACGCGGGCGAGGCCAAGUGGGCGAAGAAGUUGGGUAGCAGUCAUCUGGACCAGAGGAAAAAGGAGGCGCCGAGGCAGUUGGUCAGUAUGCGUGGGGGGAACAAUCAGAAACAUUACAGGGACAUGUUGCUGCAAUGAUCGAUCGAAUCUCGAUCGUUUUGGCCUUGUAUCUCCCCUCGACUCCCUUCUUCCUUCUACAAUUUGCUUGUGUUGUCUAGUCACCAUACUGCGGUGGAUUCGUGUAUAAUCGAUGUAUAGACGGACGGCUAUCUGUUAUAUCCUUUUU